UUGAUAUCCCAGCAAAUUCCCCAGUUUGAAGACGUUAAGUUUGAGGCAGCCAGCCUUCUGUCCGAACUGUAUUGUCAGGAGAAUUCAGUGGAUACAGCAAAACCUCUGUUACGCAAAGCCAUUCAGAUUUCACAGCAGACUCCGUACUGGCACUGUAGAUUGCUUUUUCAACUUGCACAACUACAUACACUUGAAAAAGACUUAGUAUCUGCAUGUGACCUUCUCGGAGUUGGAGCAGAAUAUGCUCGGGUGGUAGGAUCAGAGUAUACCAGAGCACUCUUUCUGCUAAGCAAGGGGAUGCUCCUUCUAAUGGAACGAAAGCUGCAGGAGGUGCACCCUCUCCUUACCCUUUGCGGGCAGAUAGUUGAAAACUGGCAAGGAAACCCCAUCCAGAAAGAGUCGUUACGUGUAUUCUUCUUAGUCCUGCAGGUCACGCAUUACCUGGAUGCUGGGCAGGUGAAGAGUGUGAAGCCGUGCCUGAAACAGCUUCAGCAGUGCAUCCAGACCAUCUCCACGCUGCACGAUGAUGAAAUUCUGCCCAGCAACCCCGCUGAUCUCUUUCACUGGCUGCCCAAAGAACACAUGUGUGUGCUUGUCUACUUGGUGACAGUGAUGCAUUCCAUGCAAGCGGGGUACCUGGAGAAGGCUCAGAAGUACACAGACAAAGCACUCAUGCAGCUAGAGAAGCUAAAAAUGUUGGACUGCAGUCCUAUCUUGUCAUCUUUCCAAGUUAUUUUGUUGGAACACAUUAUCAUGUGUCGGCUUGUGACGGGACACAAAGCCACAGCAUUGCAGGAGAUUUCACAAGUCUGUCAGCUCUGCCAGCAGUCUCCCAGACUGUUUUCUAAUCACGCUGCCCAGCUGCACACUCUAUUAGGGCUCUACUGCAUUUCUGUUAAUUGCAUGGACAACGCAGAAGCACAGUUUACUACAGCACUGAGGCUCACUACACAUCAAGAACUGUGGGCAUUUAUUGUGACAAACUUAGCCAGCGUGUACAUCAGGGAAGGCAACCGGCAUCAAGAGCUUUACAGCUUAUUGGAAAGGAUAAAUCCAGACCAUAAUUUUCCUGUGAGCUCUCACUGUCUUCGAGCAGCAGCUUUCUACAUCCGAGGUCUGUUCUCCUUCUUUCAAGGAAGAUACAAUGAGGCAAAACGAUUUUUGCGAGAGACACUGAAAAUGUCAAAUGCAGAAGACUUGAAUCGAUUAACAGCAUGUUCUCUCGUACUCCUGGGUCAUAUAUUCUAUGUGUUAGGGAAUCACAGGGAAAGUAAUAAUAUGGUAGUACCAGCCAUGCAGCUUGCAAGCAAGAUACCAGAUAUGUCUGUGCAGCUGUGGUCUUCAGCUCUGUUGAGAGACCUGAACAAAGCCUGUGGAAACGCCAUGGAUGCACACGAGGCAGCACAGAUGCAUCAAAACUUCUCGCAACAGCUCCUCCAGGACCACAUUGAGGCGUGCAGUCUUCCAGAACACAAUCUAAUCACGUGGACAGAUGGACCACCUCCUGUACAGUUCCAGGCACAGAACGGACCCACCACCAGCCUGGCCAGUCUCCUGUGAAACAGAAUAACUAUCAGGACAGUGUGUUUAAAAAGAAAAACAAAAUGCCAAAAAAGGAGAAAAAAUACAUGCAAAAUCUUUUCUUCAAAGAAAAGGCAGCAAAUUCCUCUUCUAGUGAGGGCCUUGUAGGAAACAGGUUGCAUAAAGACAACGUACAUUUCAUAGACUUGCAAAGUGAGAAGGGCAUUUUAAGCUGCUUUUACAUAAUGUGUGUGAAUAUACAACUAGUGUGUAUAUACCUACUGGUUUUAAUCUGCUUUCCUCUUACUGAGAAUUAAGGUUUAGUCCAAAGGACACUUGUUCCUUAAAUUGUUAGAUACCUACUUUUUAAAAAUUGUCACAGAAAACGAGGAGGGAGGACUCACGCAGUCUUGAAUACCAAUUGUAUUCUAAAUACUUAACCCUUCCCUGGAGUACGAUGCAUGCCAGAUUUAACGUUUUCUGUGCCCUUCCACUCCUGGAAAUAAUUGGAUUAAAUCAUGAUUGAUUGUAGGGUGCCCUAAAGUUCUAAAUCUAGUCUCUGAGGUAAUAUUCUUUCCUUCUCAUUGUCUGCAAGUCGUUGCCAGUGCUGUUCGUAGCCUUGCAGUGAAGCUAAGGAUGAGACCGGCGAGAUCCGAGUUCUGAGGGGCAGGGUGUUUGCAGCUGGGGGGGUGUUAGCAUCCUCGGGCUGGCCUCCAGGCUGAGCGGAGCAGACUUGCGCUGUUGUCAGAGGAGCGGGUUCCACCUCCCGGAUUCAUGAGUGUGUGGACAAUGUGCCACCACUUCAUCCCUGUGAGGGUCUUCCUUCUGUCUCCUUGCACUGAUGUCCAGUCCCGCAUGGGGUAAGGCAGAACCGCAGCUCUCUCCAUCUCUGCUACUUUGUCGUGGUUUGUACGGGAGGAGGAAAGUUUUGGCUUCCUGUCUAGUCCCUCUGUGGCCAAGCACCUGGGAAACAGCAUUUUGCAUCUUUACUGCAGCCUCACCAAGGGAAGGCAGCAUCUGUGCCUUACUGAUUUUUACAAGUGAUUGAAGUCAGAGUUAAACUAGGUGGUUAAAACCCAGAUCCGAUAUAAGCCAGAGGCUUAUGAUAAAAACUGAACCCUUAAGGUGCCCUUGGCAAAAACUUAACGUUUCCAAACUUUUCUGUGUUAGCUUUCCUGUUCUAUCUCAGUUUUUUGAACUCUUCAGCUGUGAGUUCUCACUGCGUUUGCCUGUGCCUCUGCAGCUGUCUCAAAACAGGAGAGACAAGGCCCAAGUUCGUUCUGCAGAAAAGAGUGUGAGAGUUGUUAAUUCCAUGAAGCAUCAGCAGCUUUAUAGCAAGGAUCUGUGCCAGUCCGUCGUAGUGCCGUGUAAAGCUUGUGAGGUUCAUGGGGUUUAAUAAAGGCAUUUUUCUCUCUUGGUAGCUCUGCAUAUUUAUCUGCCAACUUAAAAGGGGGAGGGAAAAAGAAUCUGCUAGAAAAAUUACUUCUGUAGGGCCUUCUGUGAUUGCUUCUUUUUCUGAGGGGGGAGGAGGAGAAUAUUUAUAGGAAAUAUUUGACCCCCUCAAACCUUUAGAACUUUCAUUGUAGAAGGAAUACUGUGAAAUCUGUCUUUAAUCAUAGAAUGGGUUGGGUUGGAAGGGACCUUAAGGAUCAUCUAGUCCAACCGCCAAUGAUCAUUCUUUUUCAAAGUCUUGUCCUCUGUCUUAGCAACAGCUCACAGAGACGCUUGCUCUUUGUAAUUCAAACCCCUCGGUUUUUACCACUGAAUGAUAUUAAGGGGAGAAGUGCUUGUCCGAUUACCAAAAUAGGAUUUUAUGUUUCCUCUACUGGACAUGCGAUGCCAACUUAGAUCCCUUUCUCAGACAUUUACUCUUGCAGAAGCCAUGUAUAUUUUAGGCCUUGCUAAAUCUCCCGACGGGGAAAACAUAGCCUCAAUAUUGGUACCGGGAGAGAGUCUUAUUGCUGGGUUUGCAAGAAAAAAAUUCAGUGCUGUUUACAGUCUCCCUUAGAACCCCCCCAAAAAACCAAAAAAUAGGAAGGAAAUCUGUGAGUUAGCGUGCAGGGUAUUUGGAGGUACCAAAUACAGGGAGAAUCCAUGCAGACGGACCCUGUUCUUCAUCACUUGCUCCUUGAGAUCAUGUUCUGUGUCUGCCACCGGGCUCUCGCGGUCUGUCCCAAGCACAGCUCCUCUCCCCUUGGACUCACGGAGCUGACAGCCGGCCUGCUGCGGCAUUCCCGUGGAAGCUGCCAGGCUCACAGCACCGGGGGCAGGAGCCCGUCUCCGUGCCAGCACCUCGGCGGCGGCGCGCUGCCCGUGUGGGUCCGUGGCGUGGCGAGAGGAGGUGGGUUCCCGCUCGCUCCACUGCAGGGCUGAGACAGCCAGGCUGUGCCACAGGCAUCUGCUAGAGACGGAACAACUUCAUCAGCUCAACAGCUGUCACGUGCUUGGAUUUUGAUCAGGAAUGAUCAGGCGAAUCCUACCUUAGGAAUAUUGAUACCCCAUGGACUAUUUUUAAGUCUUUCCAGUUUUUUUGUGUGUGUAUGGGAAGCAGUAUCUCUCUUUGGCUGUUCCCUCAGUAAGUCACUGAGUUGCAAGAACUCAGUACCUGUUUUUAAGCGCCUAAAUACAAUGGCCAUUUUCUUGACAGUGCUCUUGGCAGCUGAGGAGUGACUAGUAACUGAAAAAGCCGUACUUCAAAACCUGCUAGAGUCCCAUUCAGGUAAUCCGGGCAUUCUCUUUUUCAUCUUCUGUCAUCCAGUCUGAGGCUGUUCCUUAACUGAUUACGUGCCCGUGGCAACUACAAUAAAUUGUUUUACAUGUUGGCCAAAAAAGUGCUGCUUCUACAAGGCAACAUUAAAAAAA